AUUUCAAUUUGCAAGAAGAGGCCUCCAUUCCGGAGGACAUAUUUGACCAGCACGGCGGCGACAUUGGGGAUGAGGACGCCGACACGCCCCACAUGCAAUAUGCUCCAACGGCUCAAACUGCUCCAUCUGCCAUCCUCGAGGAGGAAGACGCCGGCGAUGAUGACGAUGUGGGGUUUAUGGAGGAGGACGACGAUGCAUCCGAGGCUGAUAUCAUACUUGAAUCUCAAAGGCCCACUUCAAGGAAUUUUAGUGUUUACCUGGACGCUAAGAAAUACCAAAAUAACAACAAGAAGCGGUCCAGGACCAAGGAUAAGAAGAACAAUAUAAGCCACUACAACGACAAAUUGAAAAACAAUAAAGGCAGCCAGCUUCCAAAGCGAGUUGGCAAUGUGGAGGAUGCUAAGGCUGAAGCUGAAGCAGCCGGAAAAUCGGAGAUGAAUGUGGGUGGCGCAACCAAAUUCACUUCCGUCGAGGAGGACAACGCGAACUUUGGCAGGCAAAGUUUUGCGUAUAAAAAAUUGAAGAACAUGCACGAACAGCACGAAAGUCAACAAAAUGAAGAUGGGGGCAACAGCAAAAACAACAGGAAGCAGGGCGAUGAUGGCAAUGAGGAUAUAGUAGAGGAAUACCCCUCGUCGUCACUGCUGUUCGAUGCUAUUGAAAUAUUAAAUGAACGAAAAUUUAAUAAGCCAUCGGUCCAAUCGAUGCAGAAGUUGGCAGUUAAGAAGGAGUCCAGACAGGUGGUGGAUGAGGCCAUUGGCGACAUCGAAGACAAUUUGGAUAAUGAUGAAGUAUUGCCCAGCGACGACGACGACGACGACGACGACUGCGAGGACGAAGACGAGGACAUUAAGUCGCCUCUUGACAAUGAUGAAUUGGCCAAAAAAUACCCAAUAGCCACAUCAACGACUACCAAGGCCCCACCAACCACCAGCACCACCUUGGCCACAUCAACAACAACCUUCAGCAGCAGCAGUAGCAGCACAAGCACAACAACUUCGGCAACACCAAGAACACCGCCAACAAUUGGCCGCAAACUGAAGAGAAAUUUCUUUGGCCAACCUCAGCCCUCAAGCUCAGAAACCAGAUACUAUGGCAGCUAUGAUGUUGGUAGGAUUCGGGCUCAGGAGGAGGAGGAUGACAACACCGAUGAGGAGGAUGUGGGCGAGUUGCACUACUAUGACACCAGCAGCAAUCCCAGAAAGUUGGUCAGUUUCGAACCGGCAAAGUCCGAGGAGAAUUACUUGAGCAGCUACUAUGCUGGAAAAUUAAAUGCAACUGAAAGGAAGCUGCAGCAGCAGCAGCAGCAGCAGCUGUUGCAACAGCAACAUGUUGCUGCACAGCAGCAGCAUGCAACACGUUACGUGGACGACGAUUAUGCCGAACAGCAGCCGCCACCGGAGAAUACCAAGCAGGAAAAUCCCUGGCAGAAAUCGGGCGAUGAAAAGCCAGAGGAGGAAGCACUGGAGAAUGGCAAAUUGGAAUCUGAUUUGGAAUCUGCAUUGCAGCAAUAUCACGAGGUGAGCAUGGCCACGCCCACCGUCAGCACAGCCGCCCCCUCGUCGGCCUUCGAGCGUUUCAAGGCGAUGCGAAGAAGUCGCCAGCGGACGGGUCACAGGAGUCACAAGAAGCGGUACAAGGACUAUCUGAAGCGGCAGAAGGAAGUGACACCACCGCCGCCGGAAAUCACUCCGCCAGCCACCGUAUCCACGAGGCACCUGCAAAAGUUGCAAAAGGAGCGGGAAAGAUCGACGCAUUCAUCGCCGAUUUUCGCCGUGGGAUUGCGACCCCAGCGACCUUUGUUGGUCACGGCCAAACCGUUCUACGAGGGUCAGGUCAACUACUACGACAAUCAGCAGCAGCUGGAUGUGGAUCUCAAGCAUCACACGGAAAUGGAGCGACUGAUAGCCCAUGACAAUGGCAACUGGUAUCGCCGCAUUAGUCCAGUGUUGAGAAACGGCAUUAAGAGUGAUCCGGCAUCGAAGGACCAUCACCAUCAACAUCACCAUCAUCAUCAUCAUCAGCAUUUAGGGGGCAAUCAUCAGCAGCAUGCCCAUCAUCACAGUCAUCAUAAUGCUGGGCACCAUCAGCACACUACUCAUCACCAUCAUAGCCACCAGAAGUCAAGUCAUCUGCGUUCCCGACCCAGUAAUCCCUAUCAGCGGAAGGUUCAGUUGGGGGGCGGGGCAGUUGGUAGCCACAACACAGAACCAUCAGCAGCACCAGCACCACCGCCCACGCCACCGCUGCCACCACCGAAACCACAACUGGGCCAUCAAAUAACCGAACUGGAGCAUUUAGAGCGCUACUACGCCAAGUGGCCACAUCUAGCCAGGGUUCAGUUCCAGGUCUACGACGAGCACUAUCGCGAAUCGCAUCCCGAGCUGUACGGCGACUAUGAGGAUGAUUACGAGAGUGCCGCCGAACUGGAGGAGGCGCAGCAGGAGCACGGCGAAGAGGCCAAUCUGCCGCCGUACAUCAAGAAGUACAACAGGCGGAACAAGCAGUUGCUCAAUCUGCUGGAGGGCACUCUGCCCACGCCCACCAACAACAAUCCGGUGGGCAAUUCGGCUCGGGCCAGCACUGAAGCGGUUCGCCUAGAUGAUGAGUAUCUGAAGGAGAAGCGGCGUCGCUACCAUCAGCAUCAGCAUUUCGAGGAUUUGUUUGCCCUGCAAAAGAGUCGCUUGAGUACGACUUCGGAGCCAGUUAAAGAGGAGGUAACCAAGGAUCUUAAAGAUAUAGAUAUGGAGAAAGUGGCAACGACAGCGGGGCCCAGCAAUCAAUUGCCCGAGGAAGAUGCUUCGGCUAAUUCGGGAGCGGAGGCAAACCCUCCAACCGAUGCCCUGAACUUUUGGCAAAGGGAAAUGGCCAGCAAACAGGCAUCUCCGGCUAUGACAACCACGGCCAAGCCGGCGCUCUAUAAGCUGCCCUCAUAUCCGGCCAUAGCUGGCAGUUUUCUGGGCACACCGCGCAGUCGCAGUCGCAGUGCCCAGUUUGUGGCCAAUGUGGCGGGCAGGGGUCAAAGUUCAAGUGGCUGGCCACGCUCGGAGACGACGGGCAAUUCCACCGAGAAGCCAGGCGGAAACACCGAAAGGGCAGGUGCAGAAUCUGUGGGUCAUGGCGAUCCCUCGCCCCUCAACUCCUUUGUCUACCAUCGCGUGGUGGAUGGAGCCAGUGCAUCCGCCAUUUCCGGCUUCGUCGGCGGCAGCAGCAGCAGCAGUAGUAGAGGCAAACAGUCGCGUCUGCCAUUCGUGGCCAUCACGGAUCGACGGCUGGAAAAAUUGCUAGCGGAGCGACACAAAGACUUUGAGCAGAAUCACUUUCCGAUGCCUUAAGCCGCGAAUUCUGUGCAGCAAUGGAUAAGCUGGAAAAGCUGAACAAACAGAGAGAGAGAAAGAGAGAGAGAAGAGAAAGAAGAAAGGAGAAAUUACGAUGAGUUGGUAGCCAUGGGUGGAAGGGGAAUUUAGGGAACUAAAUAUUAAACCCAGACCCUAAACAAAAUUAGUCAAAUCCAGUCAAGAGCUUCUACAAAAAUAUAUGUCAGCAAACCUUAAAGCUGAAUUCAAAAUAAUGAAUAAUGCUCUUAAAAAUUGAAAAUCCGUAAUAUUUUCUUUAUAAUUUAGGAUACAUAAUGUUAUUUAAAGAAGCGAACAACCAUUUUGUUUGUUUUAGUCUUCAAAAGUAAACCUGUUAUGCGUUUAUAUUUGGAAAAUAAAAAACCUUUUAGAAUAGUUUUGAAAAAUAUAUAUACAAUAUAAAUAUAAAUGUACUCUUGUUAUUGCUUAUCUAGAAUUGGAACACCUCCCUGUAUUUUUACUAGAUUUACUAU